CUUUUCUUGGGAUAUAGAUUUUGUAAUAGUGAAUGGAGAAAAUGUAAUCGCAAAAAUAUUGUUCAUAUUUGGCCAAAAUCAUCACCACAAAGAAAUGGUCCUUACCAUCUUGCAGAAAUAGAAAAUGAACUUACUAACUUGUCUGGCCUAUCUGUUGAUAAUGUUGAAGAAUUUGCUAAUAAUGAUGAACUUCAAGAAACUGAUAAUGAGGAAUUUGAAGAAAAGAUAAAAGAAGACUGGAUGAUAUUAGCUGAAAUAGGUUCAAAUACAACUAUUGAUUGUUCUUCAAACUUGAGUUUAAGUAAUACUGAUCAAAAUUAUGACUGGAUUGGAGAUGUUAAACAACACUAUCCAAAUUUUAAUUUAAAUAAUGCUGAUACUUUUGUACAACAAAUAUUAGACAGAGAAGCUAUUAAUAAUAUAAAUUUGAUUCCUAUAGAUUAUCAAACCUUAAACAAGAUACAAAAGAGUAUAUUUAAAAGAAUUGUAUCACAUUAUAACGAAUCUACAAGUAGCCAGAUUGAGCUACUCAGAAUCAUUAUUAUGAGAACUGUAGAAAUAGAUAAGUUAUAUCUAAUUAAUGCAAUUUGGCAAAAACUUCAAGAGAUGAUAAAGGAUACUG